AUGGCUACCACCCGGGCUUCCUCCACGCGACCCGACCAAGUGACCUGGGACCGCUCGAUGACGCCCAUGCUCGACUUCCAGCUCGCCUCUGCAAAUGCUCACUUCGGCCUCCAAUCGCUCCCGCUCUCACGAUCCCACUGGGACAUGCCCAACGCCCCGCGCACCCUGCCGACCCAGCCCGAGCCCGUCCCCGCCACAGUCCCCAAGGAUAUCGCGUUGACCGUCCGGCGAGAGAGGGAAUUGCUCGAUGCUGCCGGCCCCGUUACAUAUACGCCUGCGACACACCGUGUCAGCAAGGCGAAAAAGGGAAAACGCGUGCAUUUGUGCCAGUUUCCUGGCUGCAAUAAGAUCUUCACAAGAGCGGAGCAUAGGCGACGACACGAACUGAACCACAACCCCCAAGCGUCGUUCGUGUGCUCCGUCGAAGGCUGCGGAAAAGGAUUUCAUAGAAACGAUUUACUGGCGCGUCAUAUGGAAAAGCACAACGACCCCCAACCACGCCAGCCUAGAGCAUCGCCCCGCCGAAGAAAAAAUAGCCAUACCUCGACCGUCUCCGGCAGAACCGCCUCCAACCCUCCUCCCAUUUCCGACCCUCGAUUGACUCCUGUUUCUCUCUCCGUCUCGAGUGCAACGUCCUCAAUCGCUCCGCCUGCUUCGGUGGCCCCAACGUACGGAGGAAAUUUCACACCCUCCUUCUGGGACCAAGCCAGCAGGCCCCUCGAGAAACCACAGCCCGUCCCACAAACCCCCUACACCCACAUUGACGAACUCGUCCCGUUCCCUUCUCCUGGCAGUUCGCGCUCCUCCUCCUCCAACAGCAGCCCCUUCCAACUUCCCUCCCAAUUCCCCGAAGCCGUGUUCGCCCAGCAACUCACCUCCUCCCCGCCCCUCAUCGCCUCAACCUUUCCGGAAUGGACCUCUCUCGAAGCGGUUGUUUCACAGCACCCCCAAAUGAUGUUACCGACCGUGCCUACGACCGCCGCGCCGUUCGAAGCUAAUGUCCCCCAGACAGUAGGUGAACCUUCCCUUAUCUAUUCGACCCCCCACCGGAAGGUUGUUGACGGAUCGCCAGCCGUUCCAGUACCCCUCUCCAGCCUGGAUGGAGUCGAGUGGUUUGCUUUACGACGAGAGCUUGCUGCUGCCCCCGGUGUCAUUUCAGGCAAUGGCGGCAUGGCAAUAAUCGACCUGGCGAAGUGGCAAGAUUGUUUAGAGUGUUAUUGGCUGUAUUUUCAUCCGUUGUUUCCCAUUGUGCAUCGCGCUUCAUUUUUUGCUACGAAACCGAGUCCCUUGAUGACUGGUGCUAUGGUCGCAAUUGGUUCGCAGUACGAUCAGAGGCCGAAUUCGAAGGAGUAUUCACUGGCUUUGCUGGAGGCGUGUCAAAAGAUUCUGUCAAAGCGAGCGCCUAUUACUAGCCGUUCGCGAACUUCCGACAUUCAAGCGGUGUUUUUGCUAGAGAUGCUGUCCAAGUAUCGAUCAAGGAGAGCGGAUAUUAAGAUUUCCCAUCGACUAAGAAGCUUGUAUGGCAGUUUUAUCCAAGAUGGCCACUGGGCUUCUCAAAAUCCGCUCGCCGCAUACCACAGUCUCCCCCCAAACCCCAGCAUCGAGGACCUCAGAAACGCGAAUAAAUUCUGGGCCGAACACGAAACUCGACGCAGGGUUUUGCAAGCCGCCUUUAUCCUCGAAGUUCAGCAAUCACUCUUUUUCCAGCAACCUUUAGCCACAUUUCUCCGGUCGAACUCCGAGCCGACCAUCCGAGAUUAUCGAAUCUCGGAGAAGGUCGAUCUGCCGUUUCCAUGUAGCGCCGAUCUCUGGGAGUGCAGCGACAUCACGCAGUGGGUGAAGCUUGCAAAUGAUUACGAGGCGAUGUUGUUGUCCGGAGCGAGAGACCGCGUGAUUCAAUCUGCCAGCUUUCCGACGAUCGACGUGGAUCCAUUCCAAGCAAGCCUUAUCUUCUGCCAAACUCUACCGAAUACCAAUGAUCUGGAAGAUGCAAUGGAAGUGUUUGUUAAGAAGAUCACUGAAAAGCCAGCCUCUGACGGGAUUGGUGGAGUAUCUCACACCGGACCGUCCUACAUUCGGUUUAUGUACCAUGUGCUUUUGGCAGCAAAGCAUGUACCUGUCCAAGCCCUGUUGACCGUUAGCGGAGAAUCGUGGCUUUUCAGUCGCAAGGUCUCUGAAGCCGAGUUCCGUGCAUCAACUGAGAAGAUGCAGGCCUGGAUCUCGAACCAAGCCGAAGCUAAACGGGCGCUAUGGCAUGCUAUCAACGCUCUUCAAUAUGCAAUUGAGGCCGAUGAUCCGAAUUUGCCCAUACAGGCACGGCGCCAGAUGAGUACGGACCAGCAAGCAAAUACCCAGAUUCCAACUAAUUAUCCGAAUUCACGCUGUCCCAGCGAUGGCACCCAUGACAACCCUCCUGCAAUCACUGAUACUUCGGCAACUUCUCCCCGUUUUUUCACGAGCCCUCUCACCAUGCUCCAGGCAAACUGGGCCCUAUACAUUUGCACUUUAAUAUGCCAGACCUACGAAAACAGCAUCCCUUCUUCUUCCGAUCCCCAAUCUUCGAUCUCUGUACACCAAUAUAUUACCACUUUUCUCUCUUCAUAUUCUUCACUCCAAAACUUUCUCGACUGCACGACCGUCCCGACUCACCAUGAUUUGAGACCUGUCUUGGAGCACAUUCGCGCCAUCAUUGCCAGAAACUCAAGCGGUAGCUUGAGUGGCGCCGGGUUGCUGAAUGAAGCCGGACGGGUGUUGAUGAGGUUGAUCGAGGGCGGCAGGCAGCAAGGGCAACAGCAACAGCCGCAGCCACAACAGCGGCAGCAGCAGGCGCGGGAUUUGCAGCAUUUUUAUCAGCAUAGGCAUCAGCAUACGCAUACGCAUCAGCAUCAGCAUCAGCAAGCGUGGGAGUUCUAUUGA